CAAAGGCCACAUUCAAUGUCAGUGUGGAUAAGUGCGCGUGAGCAUCCGACGUAUCUAGUUAUUAAAAAUUAAGAAAAUGGCUCCAGCAAUUAUUAAGUUCAGUGCGUUGUUCAUGAUUCUUGGCUUCUGCUCGGCGGAUAUCGGUGAAAGUCCAGUAACAGAAGUAUGCUUGGGAUGCAUAUGUCAGGCAGUGUCAGGGUGCAAGGAAGGCACACUUUGCGAUGGUGACGCGUGCGGCCUAUUCCGCAUAACGUGGGCAUACUGGGCUGAUGCUGGUAAACCAACUCUGCCUGGAGUAUCUCCCGACUCUACUGAUGCGUACUCUUCAUGCGCGAACAGCCCGCAAUGCGCAGCUUUGACAGUUCAAAACUACAUGAGACGAUUUGGACAGGACUGCAACAAUGAUGGUGUCGUCAAUUGCUACGAUUACAUGGCGAUCCACAAACUUGGAGGCUACGGGUGCAAAGGCGAUCUACCCUUCCAGUAUGCUACCGUAUUCAACCAAUGUGUAGCUACCGUUGCAGCUCAUCAAGGCUAAUCACGACCGUGAUUUGUAUAUAGAAGAUUGUACUUGCAUUAAGAGUGACAGGAUUACGGUUCAUAUAUUCCCUACAAUUCUGGAAAACAAUAUUUUAAAUUUCAUGAAUAUAGAAAACUGACAUAUCACCAACUCUAAUAGAGAAAACUUUGUAUUCGAGAAAUUUGUAAAACAAGAUCAUGUAUGUGAAUGGUAUAUGAUUUGAAAUUUAGUAAGUUUUAGCUUCAUAAUUGUUAUGUUUAAGAUCCUUUAAUAUAAACAUAUCAAUUAAAUUAUAUAUAAGAUUAAA